AUGGCUUCAACUGGGGUAAACGUUCUGCGGUGGUCAGCGCUUGGCGCCGGUGUAUUUUACGGGUUUUACCACCAAAUGAGCAUAUCAUCUGCAACGAAGGCAGCAGCAGCAAGCAGGGAAUUCGAGCACAAGCAGAAGUUGAUUGAGCAAGCCAGGGCAGAGUACGCAAAGAAGAACCUGCCUGCGAGCCAGAAAACAGGAGGCGUUAUACGGGAUCCUAUGGACAAGAACUUCGAUCUCGAGGCAUACUUGAAGGUUCUAGCAGCGGAGAACUAG